AUGAAGCACCAUCUGAUGGUCGGGACGUGGACCGCCCCCGGGCGCAUCUACACGGUUCAGUUCGACGACGAGGCCCUCACCCUGGACCUGGUCAAGAAAACCAACAUCCCAGAGGCCGAGCCCAUCUCCUGGAUGACCUUCUCUCACGACAAGAAGGCCAUCUAUGGCGCCGCCAUGAAGAAGUGGAACAGCUUCGCCGUCAACAGCCCGACCGACAUCGUCCACCAGGUGUCGCACCCGGUCGCGGGGCAUCCCCUCGCCCCCAGCGCCGACACCAACACUCGCGCCAUCUUUGUGCUCGCCGCGCACAAGCCCCCCUACCACGUCUAUGGCAACCCUUUCUACAAGCACGCCGGCUUUGGCAAUGUCUUCUCCGUCAAACCCGACGGCGCCCUCGAUACCAAUGUUCAGAAUUACGAGUACGAUCCUCACACUGGCAUCCACGGCAUGGUCUUCGACCCCACCGAGACUUACCUCUACUCGGCCGAUCUGCAGGCCAACAAGAUCUGGACACACCGCAAGGACGCCGAGACGGGCCAAUUGACUCUGAUCGACUGCCUCGAGGCUCCCGCCCCCGGCGACCACCCGCGCUGGGUCGAGAUGCACCCCAGCGGCAAGUACUUGUAUGCCCUGAUGGAGGCGGGCAACCGCCUGGCCGUCUACGUGAUCGACGAGCGCACUCACCACCCCGUCUUCACACACAUCACCUACCCUCUGCUCCCGUCGGGCCUGCCUCCUCGCAACAAGUACCGCGGCGAUGUCACCUUCACCACCCACAGCGGCAAGUACCUGUUUGCCACCACACGGUCCAACCACUUCGACGUGACCGGCUACAUCACCGCGUUCAAACUGGGCCCCUCGGGUGAGAUCGAGCGCCAGCUCUUCAUCAACCCCACCUCGACCAGCGGCGGCCACUCCAACGCAGUCAGCCCGUGCGACUUCAGCGACGAGUGGUUGGCGCUGUGCGACGACCAGCUGGGCUUUGUCGAGAUGUACCGCUGGCGCGACGAGACGCUCGCCCGCGUAGCGCGCGUUGACAUUCCCGAGCAGGGCUUUGGCAUGAACGCCAUCUGGUAUGAUUAA